CCCCCACUCCCCCACCACCUCCCCUGCUGCACGGAGGAGACAGAGACCCAGAGGAGCUCCAGCUGGCUGGGACCUGGGGAAGGGGGGCUCCACUGCAGGGCAGGAGGGGAACAGACAGCUAGGGGAGCAACACCAUGGAGCCCACUUCUCCCCAGGGUGACGUGAAGAAGAGGCAACAGAAGGAGAAGUCCAAGAAGCCGGUACCACCAAUAGCUCCUCGUCCACCCAGGGCCCUGUUCUGCUUAACCCUGGAAAACCCUCUGCGGAAGGCGUGCAUCAGCAUCGUGGAGUGGAAACCCUUCGAGAUCAUCAUCCUCCUCACCAUCUUUGCCAACUGCGUUGCUCUGGCCAUCUACCUGCCCAUGCCCGAGGAUGACACCAACAUUGCCAACUCCAGCCUGGAGAAGAUUGAAUAUGCCUUCCUCAUCUUCUUUGCCAUCGAGGCCAUGCUCAAGAUAAUUGCCUAUGGCUUUCUGUUCCACACGGAUGCCUACCUCCGAAAUGGCUGGAAUGUGCUCGACUUUUCCAUUGUGACUCUAGGGCUCAUCACCAUGACCCUGGAGCAGGUCAAUGUGAAGCAGGGAGGGCCUUCGGGGGGAAAAGGCGGCUUUGACGUGAAGGCGCUGCGAGCGUUCCGUGUGCUGAGACCCCUGCGCCUGGUGUCCGGAGUGCCGAGCCUUCAGGUCGUCCUGAACUCCAUCAUCAAAGCCAUGGUGCCCCUGCUGCAUAUAGCCCUGCUGGUCCUCUUCAUGAUCAUCAUCUACGCCAUCGUGGGGCAGGAGCUCUUCAAGGGCAGGAUGCACAAGACCUGCUACUACCUUGGGACAGAUGUGAUUGCCACAGUGGGCUCAGAGAAGCCAGCUCCGUGCACCAGCUCCGGCCACGGGCGGCACUGCAGCAUCAACGGCACCGAGUGCCGCAGCGGCUGGCCGGGACCCAACAACGGCAUCACCCACUUCGAUAACUUCGGCUUUGCCAUGCUCACUGUCUACCAGUGCAUCACCAUGGAGGGCUGGACUGAAGUUCUCUACUGGGUAAAUGAUGCCAUGGGGAAUGAAUGGCCCUGGAUCUACUUUGUCAGCCUUAUCUUACUUGGCUCCUUCUUUGUGCUCAACCUGGUGCUGGGUGUGCUCAGUGGAGAGUUCACCAAGGAGCGCGAGAAGGCCAAGUCGCGGGGAACGUUCCAGAAGCUGCGGGAGAAGCAGCAGCUGGAGGAGGAUCUGAAGGGCUACAUGGACUGGAUCACCCAUGCAGAGGUCAUGGACAGUGAUCGGGCCAGGGGAGAAGGUAUGAUGCCAUCGGAUGAAGGAGGGUCAGAGACUGAGAGCUUGUAUGAAAUUGAGGGCAUGAACAAGUGGAUUCUCUUCUUCCGUCAGUGGAGGCGUUGGAACCGAAUGUUUCGUAGGAAGUGCAGGGAUGUGGUGAAGUCCAAGUUCUUCUACUGGCUUGUCAUCCUGAUGGUGGCACUGAACACCCUCUCCAUCGCCUCUGAGCACCACUUCCAGCCAGAAUGGCUGACACAGGUGCAAGACAAUGCCAACCGGCUGCUGCUCGCCCUCUUUGUGGCCGAGAUGCUGCUGAAGAUGUACGCGCUGGGGCUGCGCCAGUACUUCAUGUCGCUCUUCAACCGCUUCGACUGCUUCGUGGUGUGCUCAGGGAUCCUGGAGACCAUCCUGGUGGAGCUGGGCACCUUGUCCCCUCUGGGCAUCUCCGUGCUGCGCUGCAUCCGGCUCCUCCGCAUCUUCAAGAUCACCAGGUACUGGACAUCUUUGAGCAACCUGGUGGCCUCUCUGCUCAACUCAGUCCGUUCCAUUGCCUCUCUGCUCCUCCUCCUCUUCCUCUUCAUCAUAGUUUUUGCCCUGCUGGGCAUGCAGCUCUUUGGGGGCAAGUUUGAUUUCGAGGACAUGAAAGUGCGGCGCAGCACAUUUGACAACUUUCCCCAGGCCCUCAUCAGUGUCUUCCAGAUCCUGACUGGAGAGGACUGGAAUUCAAUCAUGUAUGAUGGGAUCAUGGCCUACGGGGGCCCGUCCUUUCCUGGCAUGCUGGUCUGCAUCUACUUCAUCAUCCUCUUUGUCUGUGGGAACUAUAUCCUCCUCAAUGUUUUCCUGGCCAUUGCAGUCGAUAACCUGGCUGAGGCUGAGAGCCUGACAUUAGCCCAGAAGGCCAAAGCAGAGGAGCGCAAACGGCGGAAGAUGUCCAGAGGUUACCCAGAGAAGUCUGAAGAGGAGAAGCAGAUGCUGGCAAAGAAACUGGAGCAGAAAGCAAAGGGAGAAGGGAUUCCCACAACAGCCAAGUUGAAAGUGGAUGAAUUUGAAUCCAAUGUCAAUGAGAUCAAAGACCCCUACCCUUCUGCAGACUUCCCAGGUGAUGAUGAGGAAGAUGAGCCUGAGAUCCCCCUGAGUCCUCGGCCACGUCCCCUUGCAGAGCUACAGCUGAAGGAGAAGGCUGUGCCCAUGCCUGAAGCUAGCUCGUUCUUCAUCUUCAGCCCAACCAACAAGUUUCGGGUCCUGUGCCACAGAACUGUUAAUGCCACCUGGUUCACCAACUUCAUCCUGCUCUUCAUCCUGCUCAGCAGCAUUGCCCUGGCAGCUGAGGACCCCAUCCGUGCCGAGUCCUUCCGCAACCAGGUGCCCACAGAGAUGGAGAGCGUUGAGAUUGUCCUGAAGAUGACAACCUACGGUGCUUUCCUGCACAAAGGCUCCUUCUGCAGGAACUCCUUCAAUAUCCUUGACUUACUGGUGGUGGCUGUCUCCCUCAUCUCCAUGGGAUUUGAGUCCAGUACCAUCUCUGUGGUGAAGAUCCUGCGGGUGCUGAGGGUGCUGAGGCCUCUGCGGGCCAUUAACAGGGCAAAGGGGCUGAAGCACGUGGUCCAGUGCGUGUUCGUGGCCAUCAAGACUAUUGGGAACAUCGUGGUGGUCACGACAUUGCUGCAGUUCAUGUUUGCCUGCAUUGGAGUCCAGCUCUUCAAGGGCAAGUUCUACAGGUGCACAGACCCAUCCAAGCUGACGGAGAAGGAGUGCAGGGGUCAGUUCAUCAACUAUGUGGACGCAGACCCCACGCAGAUUGAGGUCCAGGAGCGUGUCUGGCUGCACAGCGACUUCCACUUCAACAACGUCUUCUCAGCCAUGAUGUCGCUCUUCACUGUCUCCACCUUCGAGGGCUGGCCAGAGCUGCUGUACAUGGCCAUUGACACCAAUGCUGAGGAUGCAGGCCCUAUCUACAACUACCGGGUGGAGAUUGCAAUGUUCUUCAUCAUCUACAUCAUCCUCAUUGCCUUCUUCAUGAUGAACAUCUUUGUGGGCUUUGUUAUCGUCACCUUCCAGGAGCAAGGGGAGAAUGAGUACAAGAACUGUGAGCUGGACAAGAAUCAGCGCCAGUGCGUGCAGUACGCGCUGAAGGCUCGCCCGCUGCGCCGCUACAUCCCCAAGAACCCCUACCAGUACCAGAUCUGGUAUGUGGUCACCUCCUCCUACUUUGAGUACCUCAUGUUCUUCCUGAUCCUCCUCAACACCAUCUGCCUGGGCAUGCAGCAUUACAACCAGUCUGCAGAAAUGAACCACAUCUCAGACAUCCUCAACGUGGCCUUCACCAUCCUCUUCACCCUGGAAAUGGUCCUCAAGCUCAUGGCCUUUAAAGCCAAGGGCUACUUUGGAGACCCCUGGAAUGUCUUUGACUUCCUGAUAGUGAUUGGCAGCAUCAUCGAUGUCAUCCUCAGUGAGAUUGAUGUAAGUGUCCGGGGGCCUGGGCUCGGAGCUGUCCCCACCCAAGGCUGCCCUGGGGCCAGGCAGGAGUGCUGGGAUGGUGUCCAGCUCUGCAGGGGGAUGGCUCUGCCAUACGUGGCCCUGCUGAUUGUGAUGCUCUUCUUCAUCUAUGCUGUGAUUGGGAUGCAGAUGUUUGGGAAGAUCGCCAUGGUGGAUGGGACCCAGAUCAACCGAAACAACAACUUCCAGACCUUUCCACAGGCUGUGCUGCUGCUCUUCAGGUGUGCCACCGGUGAAGCCUGGCAGGAGAUCCUGCUGGACUGCAGCUACGGCCGGCGCUGUGACCCUGAGUCCGACUAUGCCGAGGGCGAGGAGUACACCUGUGGCACCGGCUUCGCCUACUUCUAUUUCAUCAGCUUCUACAUGCUCUGUGCCUUCCUGAUCAUUAACCUCUUUGUGGCCGUCAUCAUGGACAACUUUGACUACCUGACACGGGACUGGUCCAUCCUCGGACCCCAUCACCUGGAUGAGUUCAAGCGGAUCUGGGCCGAGUACGACCCCGAGGCCAAGGGGAGAAUCAAGCACUUGGAUGUGGUGACUCUGCUGAGGCGUAUCAACCCUCCCCUGGGCUUUGGGAAGUUCUGCCCACACCGUGUAGCCUGUAAGCGCCUGGUGUGCAUGAACAUGCCCCUGAACAGCGACGGCACCGUCACCUUCAACGCCACCCUCUUUGCUCUGGUGAGGACAGCGCUCAAGAUCAAGACAGAAGGUAAUUUUGAACAGGCCAAUGAGGAGCUCAGAGCUAUUAUCAAAAAAAUCUGGAAGAGAACGAGUAUGAAGCUUUUGGACCAGGUCAUCCCACCUAUUGGAGAUGAUGAGGUGACAGUGGGUAAAUUCUAUGCUACUUUCCUGAUCCAAGAACAUUUCAGGAAGUUCAUGAAGCGCCAGGAGGAAUAUUACGGGUACCGGCCCAAGAAAAACCCUGUGGAGAUCCAGGCUGGGCUGAGGAGCAUUGAAGAGGAAGCUGCCCCUGAAAUCCACCGGGCCAUUUCUGGGGACUUGACUGCAGAGGAGGAGCUGGAAAGAGCCAUGGUGGAGGCUGCCCUGGAGGAAGGGAUAUACAGGAGAACAGGUGGCUUGUUUGGCCAGGUGGACAGCUUCAUGGAGCCCAGCAGCCCUCUGCAGCCCCAGGUGGCCAGCCAGAGGCCCCUGCAGUUCACUGAGGUGGGCAGUGAGGACCUCGACUCUCCCGUGUUCCUUGAUGACUUCCCCCAGGAAGGCAACACCAACAUCAACAAUGCCAAUAGCAGCUGCUGGCUGGAGGGGGUGCAGUAUGAGGAUGAGGUGCUCAGGAAGACGGUACCAGCAGCACGCAGGCGCCCAGCACGGGAGCACAACCGCCCCAUACCCAUGGAGAGGCUGAGCAGGAGGCGAGGGGCCACUUCUGGAGGUCCCUCAGCACCAGGGCCACUCCUCCCCCAGCAGCUGCCCACAGAGGAUGGCACUGUGACAGCAACAGCAUCCAGCUCAGGGUUCCAGCUGAGAGAAACUGGUGAGCCAGGAACAUCCUCCACACCAGCCAUCACCUUCCUCAUUCAGGAGGCUCUGAUCUCCGGAGGCCUCAGGGCUCUGGCCCAUGACUCGUCAUUUGUAGCAGUGACCAGGGACGAGAUGGCAGCCAGCAGCCAGCUGGAGAUGGAUGAAGUGGAGAAAGCAGCCGUGGAGCUGUUAAAAGGAAGAGAAACACUGCAGGGCACAAGAACCAGCUCUGCCCCAUUGGACACCUCAGCUAUGCCACCAGGCAGAUCCCCAGGGCUCGGUGCAGCUCCCUCCCAAAAGACCAUCACUGCCACUCGCCUGUGAGCUGCCCACUGCAGCAGCUCAGGGUCCUGGCACAGGGGGUGCUGGAGCAGAGCCACACUGCUCCUGCCUGUGGUCCUGAGGUACUCUGGCCAGCUGUGGUACUGCUUUUGGGUCUCUGGGAUGCUGGUGCAGAACAGGACAAUGCUGUUCCAGCAGGGUGUUGCAGGAAUUGGACAGGUGAUUAAAGUGUUCCUGCUGUGUGACUCUG